UCAAAUAACACGUAGAGUUUUCUGGGAUACUCAUCCUGUCCCGUUGUCUAAAAGCUAGCAAACUAGUAGCAGUUACUAAUAAAACUAUGAUGCUUCUGGUGCCACCAAGGGCCAGAUAUGCUUUUCUGUUGAGAGAUUGCAGCUAACAUUCACUCGGGUACAGAUGGAUGAUGGAAAUGCUGAGCUUUCUGAUAAGCUUUCAGAUAAUGUUUUACUUUUGAAUCCAGAGCCAUCUAGCAGUUUUCAGGCUUCAAAAUCUGUGAAUACAGUUACUGAAUUGGGUAGGAGUACCAGAACAUGCACGCACACUCACACAUGCAACCCACCUGGCCCUGAUGCUGCUCAUAUUCACACAUGCUGUCACACACACACCCAAGUUUUUUCACCUGAAGAUGAUGAAAGGGAUCACAUUAACUCCAAGCCAAAAGGGCCUUCUGGCAACCGAGAAGCUGUUAGGAAGUAUAGGGAGAAGAAGAAGGCACACACAGCUUACUUGGAGGAGGAAGUUAAGAAAUUGCGUCUGGUGAAUCAGCAACUAGUGAGAAAGCUACAAGGGCAUGCACUGCUUGAAGCAGAGUUGUCAAAGUUGAGGAGCAUUUUGGCACACCUUAAGGAAAAAAUUGACACUGAAGUGGGUGCCUUCCCCUUUCGAAAGCACUCUGACUCUUCUUACAUUUUCAAAGAAGGGGAUACUGGUUUGUUGUCCUCUGCAUGGACAAUUGGUCAUCAGUGUAAGAACAAUUCGCCAUGCUUCCAUCCACAUGCAGGAUCAUUAUCAUCCCAGCUUAACAUUUGUGCAUAUGAAAAAUCUAUGAUUCCAUGGGAAGGACACUGCCAAGCUGAAAUUUUAGAUUGUCAUGUUGAUGCAAACAACAUGACAAGUACUGAAGGACAAACUGUGGAAACAGUCGAUAACUUCAUGCCAUCUGCAUCUCAAGAUGGAUAGUUUCUCAAGACAACUAUUAUUCUGCUGAGUUUGUUCCAAAUGCUAUCAUGGAUGCUUUGUCUGUUUGGUAGUGAGGUAAGAGUAUGUACAUCUAAGUUGUGUUAGCAUAAAAGGUAAGUUAGACAACUCACUACUUGACUCAUGAAGUUUGAUUUCUGUAAUAGGAUAUGUAUACACAGGCAGAGUGUUUUUGAAAUUUGUACAAUAUGCUAGCAUGUAAACAGUGGUCUACUUUUA